UCAUUAAAUCCCGUCAAAAAUGAUCCAUCUUUACUAGAGUUAACUGAGCUAUUCUCACCGUAUAACUUCAGCACAGGGAAAACUAAAUUUGAGAUUGCUUUUCCUGCAAUAGUUUUCCUUCUCAAUUUGAUGUAUAUCAGUUGAUAGCUUUGCCUCCGAAAAAUUGGAAAUGGAAAGGAGUUUUUAAGUUUGAUGGAUAUCAGUCAAUAGUUUUGGCUCCGAGCAAUUGGAAAUAGAAACAAGUUUUUAAGUUUGAUGGAUAUCAGUCAAUAGUUUUGGCUCCGAGCAAUUAGAAAUAGAAACAAGUUUUUAAGAUAAAAUAUUGUUCGCUGCAUCGGGUGCGCUGGUUUUUAACUGUAUUUUAUUACAACAUAUGAAACAUUUAAGAGGUGUAAUUACCUUUUUUCCUUUGAAUGUGGGAAACCCUGUUUUCCUUUGCCAUUGGUACGUAUUUCCCAAAAUUGUCAUUUUAAUCUACCAAAGCCUACCAUUCUCUAAACUUAAUCUUGAAUCUAGACAUAAAUUUCAUUUAAUCUCAUCCUACUUUUAUUGUUUAGUAGAUCUGUGUAAAUUAUUUGGCAAUGGCGGAAAAUUUUCUAGCGCCAGAGAUUUCAGAAGAUGAGAGCAAGAUAAAUUCUGCAGGACAAGAAACCGCUACGAAUCUAAUGAAAUUGCAGCUCGGUUGUUCAUCUAGUGGUAGUGCCGCUCCUGAAAAGAAAUCACAACAGGAAAUUAUUCCUCCAAAAGCAUCACAGGUCAGUGACUCUAAUGAGGAAGAUCCGUCUUUAGGUAAAUGCAUGCAGCCAGGUCAACAAGAGCCCCCAUUUUAUGAGAAGUUUGCUCGUAAUCUUGGAGUGAGGAAUUAUAUGUCAGUUAUUGCAGAAGCAGACAUGAAAUUCGAUAAACAGGCUUGUACUUCACUUCGUAAUAAAGCUGGCAUAUAUCUCCCCCAUCCUGAAAUAGGAAAGGUUUUGCGCAUGCAUGACACGCCAGAGAAGGAAUUUGAAGCAAGUCAUGAAGCUGCAGAAUCUGCAGAUGAACUCGUUCCGGUCAAACUAGAGGAUUUGAAAGUUGGGAAACGGAAUGAAUGUGUAGUUUUGUAUGGGGAGCUCUGUGUUGAACCUUUCAAAUUUGGCAGAAUAUACACUGUGCUGGAGGAGGUGGACACCAACAAUGUAGUGACUCUUUCUAUAGUUUCACCAGAUCCUUCAACUAUCAACCAGUCUUUUGCAAGACAUUAUUAUCCUAAAGGCAUGAAAAUUGCUGUGAAGGAGCCCCAGCUCGUACAAAGUGAAAGCGGUCUCAUCUUCAUUUAUGUGAACAAUCCCUUGUCUAUUGAAACAUUACAGAGUAUUUCUCCUUCUGCAGAUGAAAAUGUUACAGUCAGUAAAGUAAAAAUUUGCAAGUGGAUGAAUUGUAUACAGGAGACUAUUAAAGCAAAGGAGUGGAAAAAAUGUAUCAGAAAUUGUACUAAAUGUGAAAUAAGCUACCUCAAGGGAAUGCAUGUUGAUGAGAUAUCAAUUCUGGAAGUCUAUCUGGACAGGUAUCAUGCCCAAAUGCAAAUUGGGCUAUAUGAGGGAGCUCUAGAAGAUACGGAAAAAUAUACAAAGAUGAACCCUUCUGACAGCUUUGGAGUAGUCUGCAAAAUACGCUCGCUAUUAUCCUUGGGAAGGUAUAACGAUGCAUAUCGUUUACUCCAUCAUGCAUUGGCUGUUGAUUAUUACGGAGAUGACGUCAGAAAAGAAUUCAUUACUUUUUAUCGUUCUUGGGGUUCUUUGUAUUUUGAUAUGGGUGAGGCCAUCAUAGCAGAAGCAGGAGCAGGAUCAGGCAGGCCAAAAUGUAUUGUACCAGACGGUGAUUUCUUGGGGCCAGUGGAAAUCAGAAACACAAAUUAUGUUUGCGGAAGGGGUUUGUUUGCAACAGAGGAUAUUGAGGUAGGUCAGCAAUUGUUGAUGAGCAAGGCUUUGGCAAUCUCUCGCAAGGCUAUGGAUGAUCCCAUCAAGAAUGGGCUGCUCAGAAAUGUGAAAGAUGUACUGGCUUCAUGUGAAGACAACACUCUAAAACUCUUCCUCUGUCAUGCCCGCGGCAGGAUCAAUUUGGAAGGGAUGAUUCCAAGAAUGGAGGAUUUCUUCAGCGAGUCUGGUCAAGAUAACAAUAUCCCAACAUCAAAGAGGGAGAGUGGAAGCACAAUUCCAGUACGAGAACAGUAUGAGAGGCUGCCUGACAAAGAUCGAGAAAUCCUUGACAUCUUAAAACGCAUAGCAUUAGAGGACUCUUCACCAGCUGCAAUGGAAGAAAAGGGCAAUGUAUCAGUGAUCAUCAAUCCUGUUCCAACCAGGCAGUAUUAUGGGGUAUGGCUGCUUGUGUCCUUCAUAAAUCACUCAUGUGUGCCCAAUGCAACAAGAAUCAAUGUGGGGGAUAUCAUGAGAAUUCAUGCCACCAAGCCCAUUGAAAAGGGCCAAGAAAUCACCAUUCCUUAUUUUGGUGUUUUGGUUCCCUAUCAUCUACGACAGGAAUCUUGCAAGGCUUUUGGCUUCUGCUCUGAAUGUAAGUGCAAAAGAUGCAAAUUGGAAAAGAAGGUAAUAGAAUCUGAAUCAAAAGCACAGAGACUUUACAACGACUACCAGAGAUUCUUCAUUUCCAAUAAGAAAAACAAUGCUACCCAGCUGCUGCAGAAGUUUGUUAAUCAAACUGAAAACUGUUUAGAAGUUUUAAGGCAUAAAAAAAUUUUAAUGGAUAAAGAGACUGAAGCGUGGAUUCGGUCGUCGUUUAUGGCUGCCUAUUUGGCGCGUAUUGUUUGCAGGAAAAGCAGAGCUGAAAAGAAAUCAGUAGAAGAAGAGGAGAAAACACUCCUGACAGCAGUACGAUCCGUAGGUAUGACUUGUCCCGGGGAUAUUCAAUAUCUCACAUUUUGCCAGAGUUGCUUUCUAUUUUGGAGGCAUCUUGCAUCCAACCAGCUGGGUUCUUCAUUGAAUAUCUAUGCGGGCUUGGCGGUUGAAUUUUGGAAGAAGGCUUGUCUUUUCGUUUAUGGAGAACAGAGGAUAGAUGUGAUGCAACUUCUUUGGGAAAAAUUGGCAUUGCCUGGAAAGUGAUGAAGGCUAGACACCUUCAAAAUGCUAUACCUAAGAAAGACAAUGCAUAAUUAUUUUGUUUGUUUGUUUUUUGUUUUUUUUAAUUAAAACAUUGGAUUCCGCGUAUUUAUAAGUUAGAUUUAUAAAUAACAUUAUGGGGUGGUGUAUUCUAUGGGUCCCAUAAGAGUAAUUAACAUUGAGAGAUGUUGAUUGGAUCAACAAAUUCAGGAGUUUUGUGGUAGA